CCUGCGUGAGCUGCAGUGCGCUCUUCCCACACACGUCUGUUCUCGGGUCUUCUUGUGUCCAGCCAAGAUGAGUGACAAGCCAGACUUAUCAGAAGUAGAGAAGUUUGACAAGUCAAAAUUGAAGAAAACUAAUACAGAAGAAAAAAAUACUCUUCCAUCAAAGGAAACUAUCUAGCAGGAGAAAGAAUCCGUUCAAACAUCAUAAAAUGAAGAUGUCUUCCCAAAAGCAAAUUUUAACAUUGUCUGAGAGUUUUGGUUUCGGGCUUCGCUUUUGUAAAUCUAUUGUUUUGCUAGAGAUUUUAGGCAGAUUCUGAUUUCCUAUCACCUGUAUUCUCUUGCAAAGAGUUCAGGAGUAUCCCUUGUUUGCUUAAGUUCAUUUUUAAACUUCCCACUGCUAAAUAAUUUCUAAUGGCA